AUGCGAGUAUCUGUCAUUCAGGAUCUCAGGGAAGAUGAAAAUGAGGAUGAAGAAGAAGAAGAAAAUGUCUUCCUCAAGCCUGUUAUUGAGGACAGAAAUAUGGAACUGGCCCGAAAAUGCAGUGAAAUAAUAAGUGAUAUACACUAUAAAGAAGAGUUUAAAAAAUCUAAAGGAAAGUGCAUAUUUGUACCUGACACCCCGCAGCUAAAACAUGCGAAAAGUCUCAGUGCUUUUAUUUCUGAGGUGAAGUAUAAAAGAGCUGCUAAGAAAGACCUUUCCAACUGCCUUUAUCAGCAGAUGCCAGCCACAAUUGACAGUGUAUUUGCAAAAGAAUUAAUGCAACUUCAGAGCAAGGUUCUGUAUAAACAAAAACAUGAUGCUGAGAAAGGAACUUCAGAUUAUGCACAUAUGAAGGAACCUCCAGAUAUUAAACAUGCCAUGGAAGUCAAUAAGUACCAGAGUGAGGUAUCCUAUAAGAAGGAUGUGCAAGAUACUCAUAGGUACACUGAAGUGCUGAACAGGCCGGACAUAAAGAUAGCAACUGAGAUAACAAAAAUAAUAAGUGACGCUGAGUACAAGAAGGGAAGGGGAGAGAUGAAUAAGGAGCCUGCUGUACUUGGAAGACCAGAUUUUGAACAUGCAAAAGGAGUUUCAAAACUGUUAAGCCAAGUGAAAUACAAAGAGCAGUUCAGUAAGGAAAUGAAGAGCCACCAGUACAACCCUCUUGACAGUGCUUCCUUCAAACAAGCACAGAUUGCAUCCACCUUGGCAAGUGAUGUGAAUUACAAGAAAGAUUUGGAAAGCCUACAUGAUCCAGCCUCUGAUCUACCAAACCUGCUAUAUUUAAACCAUGCUUUAAACAUCAGCAAAAUGCAUAGCGAUUAUGACUGUAAGAUAUCAUUUAAGCAAAGCAAGGACUUCUAUCAUUUCACCCCAGAUACAGCUGAACAAAUCCAUCACAAAGAAAAUGCAGUGCUUCAAAGUCAGGUCAAGUACAAAGAGAAGUAUGAAAAAUCUAAAGGCAGAUCAAUGCUGGAGUUUGUGGAGACACCGAUGUAUCAAGUUUCAAAGGAGGCUCAAAAGCUGCAAAGUGAGAAAAUGUAUCGCAAAGAUUUUGAAGAAGGGAUCAAGGGAAGACCCUCAAUGGAUUUAGACAAGACUCCGGAGUUCUUGCAUAUUAAAGAAGUUACUAAUCUUCUAAAAGAGAAAGAGUACAGAAAAGAUUUGGAAGAAUGGAUGAAAGGAAAAGGAAUGACAGUGUUUGAAGAUACACCAGAUUUGAUUAGAGUGAAAAAUGCAGCACAGAUACUAAAUGAGAAACAAUACAGGAAGGACCUGGAAACUGAAAUUAAAGGAAAGGGCAUGGAAGUUGGUCCAGAUACUCCUGAGAUAAGGCGAGCCAAGAAAGCUUCUGAAAUCGCAAGUAUGAAAGAAUACAAGAAAGACUUGGAGAAUGAAAUUAAAGGAAAAGGAAUGGGAGUGGGCAUGGAUACCCCUGAUAUACAACGAGCAAAAAAAGCUUCUGAAAUUGUGAGCCAGAAAGAAUAUAAAAAGGACCUGGAGACUGAAAUUAUAGGAAAAGGGAUGCAAAUUGGCCCAUAUACUCCUGAAAUACAACGGGUAAAAAGAGCGUCAGAAAUAGCAAGCCAGAAAAUGUACAAAGAUGAGGCAGAGAAGAUGCUCUGUUACUACUCUGCUGUCCUAGACACCCCAGAGAUGGAGAGGAUAAAAAGCACUCAGAAAAACAUCAGUUCAGUGUUUUAUAAGAAGGAAAUAGGAGCUGGCACAGCUGUAACAGAGACUCCAGAGAUUGAAAGAGUAAAGAAAAAUCAACAGAACAUUAGUUCGAUUAAAUACAAGGAAGAAAUACAACAUGCAACAACUAUUUCUGAUCCGCCUGAACUAAGGAGAGUUAAGGAAAACCAGAAGAAUAUUAGCAAUGUUCAGUACAAAGAACAGCUCUGCAAAGCUACGCCUGUGACUGUCACCCCUGAGAUUGAAAGAGUCAAGAGGAAUCAGGAGAAUAUCACCACAGUUCACUACAGAGAGCAGCCUGGCAAAGCUACUGCUGUGAGUGUCACUCCUGAGAUAGAGAGAGUCAAGAAGAAUCAAGACAAUAUCAGCUCGGUCAAGUACAGUAGUGAUCAGAGGCAGAUGAAAGGUAGACGUAGUGUGCUUCUAGACACCCCUGAGCUAAGGCAUGUCAAAGAAACACAAAACAACAUCUCAAUGGUAAAAUACCAUGAAGAUUUUGAGAGGACAAAGGGCAGAGGCUUCACCCCAGUGGCAGAUGAUCCUGUAACAGAGCGAGUGCGGAAAAACACCCAAAUUGUGAGCGAUGCAGCAUAUAAGGGUGUGCAUCCACAUAUCGUUGAAAUGGAUAGAAGACCUGGAAUAAUUGUUGAUCUUAAAGUUUGGCGCACAGAUCCUGGCUCCAUCUUCGACAUUGAUCCCCUGGAGGACAAUAUUCAGUCUAGGAGUCUGCAUAUGCUUUCUGAAAGAGCAAGCCGUUACAGUAAGCAGUAUUUGCAUUCUGCCAGUGUGGGAGAUUAUAAGUCAGAUGGCUCUGACACGAACCCUACCUUUUCUUACUGCAGUGAGAUAACAAGGCCAUCUGACGAAGGAGCCCCUGUCCUCCCUGGGGCAUAUCAGCAAAGCCAGUCCCAAGGAUAUGGAUACAUGCACCAGACCAGUAUGUCAUCCAUGAGGUCCAUGCAUUCACAGCCUCAUUCAGCAAGUCUGAGAACAUACAGAGCUAUGUAUGACUACAGUGCUCAAGAUGAAGAUGAAGUUUCCUUCAGGGAUGGUGAUUAUAUCAUCAAUGUACAACCAAUUGAUGAUGGCUGGAUGUAUGGUACUGUUCAGAGAACUGGGAAAACAGGAAUGCUUCCAGCAAAUUAUAUUGAGUUUGUUAACUAAUUUUUGUCUCUAGUCCUUGAGCUUUAUUAUGAUUUACUCAAAAUCUAACCUCUUAGAAGAAGUCAGAAUAAUCUUUUAAGAGUACAUUUUCAUUAUUUUAUCACUGCUGUUAAGUCUGCAUUCUCACUCAGAAUCCAAUUUAGAGUCCUUUAAAGUAAAGAUAAAUAAUCAAGAAGAAUCUCAGAGCCUUGAAAACAGCAUUGCUUAUAAUAGUGCUUCCUCAACAUGAAAAACGUACAUGGAAGCCUGGUGCUGCCAGUCCUAUAAAGAUUUCUGUCAAUUAGCUGUAAAGGGGAAUUACCUUUUCCCUACUUUCUCAAAGAUAUUGUUUCUUUAUAAUAACCAUAAAAUUAACUCAGUUCUUAUGGCACUCUGAAGUCACAGGAGAUUAACAUACAGAGU